CUGCACACUGUUCCUGCAUCCUAUUUUACCCUUCAACAAAUUCCUGCCACCAAAAAAAUUCCAUCUUUAGCCGCUCAAAGGUGGAGUGAUCAACCACCUUCUAAAGAAAUAAAGGCCCUUAAGAAUCGUAAAGAAAAGUUCACAAAUUUCCAAUAUCAACCUCAUAAGAAAAAACAAGAUCUUGAACUACAAACGUAUUGUAUACUAAUUCACAAGAUUACUACUAAUUCACAAGAUGACUCACAAGAUGUAGUGCAUGAUAUAUAUAUAUUCUUUACACCAAAUG